AUGUUGGAAGGGAAUUCGCCAAAUCCCGAGCGAAUGAACGACAAUUUAAUUAUAUAUAAAGAAACACAAAUGGUUGAUAUCGCCGACGUUUCAACUUAUGAACUUUCAACUUUAAAUAAAAUGUCAAACAAUGAUUCAACACAAUUCCGUAUUGUUAACGAAAGGAGAUUUCACAACUUUCCGAAUUGUAGGUACCCAUUACCUAACGAUAACUCCGAAAUUAAUCGCUUACGAUUGGAACAUCAAUUGUUUCGACAUAUAUGGCAUGGAAACUAUUCCGCACCUAUUACUGACUUACUUCAGAGUAGCGAUUCUAAAGUACUCGACAUUGGGUGCGGGACAGGGAUAUGGAUCGAGGAAAUGUCUGAUGAGUUUCCUUUAGCGCACUUCACGGGUAUAGAUAUUUCGCCUAUAUUCCCUCAAAAUACUUCAGAAAAUUUUUACUUUCAUCUGUGCAAUAUAAUUGAAGGUUUACCCUUCGAAGACAAUUCGUUUGACUAUGUUCAUUGUCGAAAUGGUCUUACGGCAUUUAGUACUUACGAAUGGAAGCAAAAGGUCAUUCCAGAAAUGAUCAGAGUAACUAAACCGUCAGGAUUUAUUGAACAUUGUGAAGUCGAUGGUCAUCACGUAAACGAAGGGCCCAUUAUGAAAGAACUCACGAAUGCCACUAUGGAAUAUCAUGCCUCCCGCGAUGUAGAUGGUAUGAUUGGUGAGAAAUUAGAUGAAAUCCUAUUACAGACUGGGAAUUUAUAUAAUAUUAAUCACCAACAAAAAUAUAGCCCCCUUGGAGGUGGCUGGGGAGGUGAAUAUGGUAGAAUGGCCAUAGAUAACUUAGCUCAGGUAUCUUUAGCCCUUAGAGUUCAAUUAUCUGAAGUUAUGCGUAUCUCACCUACGGAAUUUGACGACGUCGUUAGAAGGAGCGUUAUCGAAGCCGAAUCCAAACGAACGUACUUCAAAACACAUCGAGUUUAUGCACAAAAACUUCCUUUGAAUAUUUAA